AUGAAAGCCUUGCAUUUGUUGCACUCGUCAAAGAGCUUCGAGAUGAAGGAUGCCAUCGAUGAAGAUUCGAAGAUUCGUCUGGGUCUAAGGAAGAGCUUCCAGAGGAGCUCAGUAGAUUACAAGCUCUACAAACUUUUUGACAUCAGAUUUUGUGGGCGUUUAACCGCCUUGCCAGAUGAGAUCCUCAAUCUUGUGAUGUUGAGGCACAUCAAAACGUACAAGAACGUGUUUCGAGAUGUUCACGGGAUGAAGCUACCUGUAGGAAUAGGAAGCUUGAAUGAUAUUCUGACCCUCACAGGUAUACAUGCUGGUGGUGGAAUUGCAGAAGAGAUAGGUAAUCUGAUACAGCUCAGAAAACUUGGAGUGAUGGAUUUUGCUGAAGAGAAUAUCAAUGAGCUACUUGCCUCUAUAAAGAAGAUGUUAGAAAUCCUUUCCUUGUCUCUAGAAGCAAAAGACGCCAUCAGCGAGGGAAAUCUUAUCCUCCUGGAUUCAUUCUCGCCCCCACCUUUUCUUCAAAAGCUUUGCCUGGAAGGCAUCCGAGGAAACCUACGUACUUGUUUUGGCUCCUCGGAAAGGCUUACAAAUCUAACAUUAGGCAACUCUCAUAUAUCCGAGGACUCAUCAUUGGUAUUUCAACCGCUACCCAACUUGGAAAAUCUUAGCCUUUGGAAUGCUUAUGAUGCUAAACGAAUAGGGAAAGAAUUCUGUAGCGCUGUUGGGUUUCCAAAGCUCCAGGUUCUCACUAUUGCUUCGCGUGUUCUUGAGGAGUGGACAGAAAUUGAAGAGGGGGCACUACCGAGCUUGAAAUACCUCCACGUGCGCAAUUGUUUGCGCCUGCAAAUGCUUCCUCAGGUCUGCAGUUUCUCACCAAACUUGAGCUGUUGCAUUUGUUGCCUUCGCCAGAGAAUCUUGGAGAAUGGCUGA